AUGCCUUCGGCGACGGGCUCGAGCUGGGAAAAGUACCAGAAGAAGUUUGCCGACGACGAGGUCGAGGAGAAGAAGAUUACUCCGCUCACAGACGAAGACAUCCAAGUCCUCAAGACAUACAAUUCCGCCCCCUAUGCCGUGGCAUUAAAAGAGCUGGAGAAGAAGAUCAAGGACAAGCAGACUUCGGUUAAUGAAAAGAUUGGCGUCAAGGAAUCCGACACAGGUCUCGCCCCACCACAUCUCUGGGACAUCGCCGCCGACCGACAACGCAUGAGCGAGGAACAACCUCUCCAGGUCGCCCGAUGCACCAAGAUCAUCCCCGAUGAAAAGGAUCAUGAAAAGAGCAAAUAUGUCAUCAACGUCAAGCAGAUUGCCAAAUUCGUCGUCAAUCUUGGGGAGCGCGUAUCUCCCACCGAUAUCGAGGAGGGCAUGCGCGUGGGUGUCGACCGCAACAAGUAUCAGAUCAUGCUGCCACUACCUCCCAAAAUCGACMCAAGUGUGACAAUGAUGACAGUCGAGGACAAGCCCGAUGUCACCUAUGGAGAUGUAGGAGGCUGCAAGGAACAAAUUGAGAAGCUCCGUGAGGUCGUGGAGAUGCCUCUACUCUCUCCCGAACGCUUCGUCAACCUCGGAAUCGACCCGCCCAAGGGCGCUCUUCUGUAUGGACCUCCCGGUACAGGAAAGACACUCUGCGCGCGAGCAGUCGCCAACCGAACAGACGCCACCUUUAUUCGUGUCAUUGGCUCAGAGCUGGUCCAGAAAUACGUCGGAGAGGGAGCUCGGAUGGUUCGAGAACUCUUCGAGAUGGCCCGCACCAAAAAGGCAUGCAUCAUUUUCUUCGAUGAGAUUGAUGCGGUCGGAGGUGCUCGAUUCGAUGAUGGCGCAGGAGGCGACAAUGAAGUCCAACGUACCAUGCUUGAACUCAUCACUCAGCUGGAUGGUUUCGACAGUCGUGGAAACAUCAAAGUCAUGUUCGCAACCAACCGACCUUCCACCCUGGAUCCCGCAUUGAUGAGGCCGGGUCGUAUCGACAGAAAGAUUGAAUUCUCCCUGCCAGAUAUGGAGGGUCGAGCCAACAUUUUGAGAAUCCAUGCCAAGAGCAUGUCCGUGGAGAGGGACAUUCGAUGGGAGUUGAUCUCCCGAUUGUGUCCCAACUCCACCGGAGCCGAGUUGCGAUCGGUGGCGACCGAGGCGGGCAUGUUUGCCAUUCGAGCGAGGAGAAAGGUGGCCAGUGAAAAGGACUUUUUGAGUGCGGUGGAGAAGGUCAUCCGAGGAGGCAUGAAGUUCAAUAGUACCGCGGCCUAUGCGCAGUACAAUUAG